AUGCAAACCUCUCCCCCUCCUACGCCGCCAUCAAGUGCUCCAGAUGAUCGCGAAUGGCGAUUUAAAAAGAUGACAUCACCUUGUGAAUGGAUCGAGGAUUAUCAGCCGGGAGGCUACCACCCUGUUCAUCUGGGUGAUGUUUUCAAAAAUGGCCAGUACAAGAUCCUGCGGAAGCUCGGCGAGGGCUCCUACUCAACGGUUUGGCUGGCCCGAGAUCUGUGGACCAGUAAAUACGUCGCAAUAAAGAUAUUGGUCGGAAGUUCGGAAGCGACUUCCGAGCUGCAAAUCUUGCGCUACAUCACGCAAAAUGCACCAACAGAGGGUUCCCAACACAUCACGCAGCUUGUAGAUUAUUUCGAACACUGUGGCCCUAAUGGCGUCCAUAAAUGUCUGGUAUUCGAGCCUAUGGGUCCGAGUGUGAAUACCAUGGUCGAAGAGCUACCUCAGUUCAAACCUCGCAAGUGGGGAAUGAAGGUACGCUACCCGCCUCAGAUGGCAAAGAACAUCCUCAAACAGUCUCUUCAGGCCCUGAAAGUUCUACAUGAGUAUGGUAUAGCUCACGGAGGCUUCCAGCCGGGGAACAUAUUCUUCGAAAGAAGAUGCACAAGCAAUUCAAUCUCCGCGCCCGUACAAAGGCUGGAUGGUAAGCAAGAUAAAUGGGCUCCUCGGUAUCUCUGCAUCGCGAAACCCUUAGUGCCUUCCACGCCUUGCAACCAAGGCUUCAAGAUUAAACUCGCCGAUAUGGGUGGAGCGUUUUUCUUCACGGACCCUCCGAAGAAGCCGGUUACCCCACUCGGGCUUCGACCUCCUGAGUUGAUUCUGACAGGAGAGGUUCACAGAACCAUUGACAUAUGGAGUUUCGGUUGCCUCACUUUCCAGAUUGUUACCGGACAGCCCCUUAUUUGCGUACCGUGGUAUGAUUCGGAAUCCUACCAAGAUGACGACCAUCUCCUUUCCCUUACUGCCUGUCUCGGUGCCCUCCCCGACAAGCUCUAUCGGGAGUGGAAGAAUUCGUCAUUGUACUUUACCCCCGAAGGGAAACUCUUCAAUUAUCUGGAGGAGCAAGAAGCUCACCAAGUGAAGACACUUAUUCGAUGGAUCUUACAGUACGAUCCUGCGGCGAGACCCUCGCCUGCGGAAGUUCUACUACAUCCGUGGUUUUCCCAGGACGAGACGAAGAGUGGUACAUUCAAGUAA